AUGGCCGCCGCCGUGAACGCCGCCCCGAUGCCCCCAGUCAACCCGGCCGGAGCCGCCUCGUACUCGAUGGCCUCGCUGUACGUUGGUGAUCUUCAUCCCGACGUCACCGAGUCGAUGCUCUUCGACAAGUUCUCCACUGCUGGCCCAGUUCUAUCCAUCCGUGUCUGCCGUGACGCCAUCACCCGUCGUUCGUUGGGCUACGCCUACGUUAACUUCCAGCAGCCAGCCGAUGCCGAACGAGCGCUUGACACGAUGAACUUCGAUGUUCUGAAUGGCAAGCCGAUCCGCAUCAUGUGGUCCAACCGUGACCCGUCCACCCGCCGUGCCGGAACUGGCAACAUCUUCAUCAAGAACCUCGAUAAGACCAUCGACAACAAGGCCGUCUAUGAUACCUUCUCCCUCUUCGGAAAUAUCCUUUCCUGCAAGGUGGCCCUUGAUGAGUCUGGAAACUCCAAGGGAUACGGCUUCGUCCACUUCGAGACCGAGGAAGCUGCUCAGCGUGCCAUCGACAAGGUCAACAACAUGUUGUUGGUCGACAAGCAAGUGUUCGUCGGCAAGUUCCAGACCCGCGCCGUCAGGCAAAAGGAGAUCGGCGAGACCGGCAAGAAGUACACCAACGUCUUCGUCAAGAACUUCGGAGAGGAACUCGACCAGGAGAAGCUCCAGGCCCUGUGCGAGAAGUACGGCGAGAUCACCUCCAUUGCUGUCGCCACCGACGCUGAAGGCAAGAGCAGGGGCUACGGGUUCGUGGCCUUCGCUGAUGCUGAAUGCGCCGAGAAGGCCGUCGAGGCCCUGAAUGACCUGCAGCUCGAUGGAACUGACAAGAAGCUGUAUGCUGGUCGUGCCCAGAAGAAGGGAGAGCGUUCCGCGGAGCUCAAGAGGAAGUUCGAGGCAGCCAAGGCUGAACGCAUGCAACGCUACGCCGGAGUCAACCUGUACGUCAAGAACCUCGAUGAUACCGUCGACGACGAGCUGCUCCGCCAGAAGUUCGAGGAGUUCGGAAAGAUCACAUCAGCCAAGGUUAUGACCGAUGAGAACAACCGCUCCAAGGGAUUCGGCUUUGUCUGCUUCGAGAAGGCCGAGGAGGCCACCAAGGCGGUCACCGAGAUGAACUCGAAGAUCAUCUGCUCAAAGCCGCUGUACGUCGCCCUGGCCCAGCGCAAAGACGACCGACGUGCCCAGCUCGCCUCCCAGUAUAUGCAGCGCCUCGCCAACAUGCGCCUCUCCGGCCCGAUGCCUACCCAGGGAAUGUACGGCGGAGCUGGAGGUUUCUACGUCUCGCAGCCCAUCCCGAACCAGCGAGGCAACUUCAUGCAAGGCGCCGGUAUGCCCGCUGCCAUGCGUGGACCCCAGCGCUGGAACGGUGCCAUGCCCACCCAGCAGUUCGGACAACCCCCGUUCAUCGUCCAAGCCCAGGGAUACCAGCGUGGUGGACGCCCCGGCCAGCCCCCGACCGGCCAGCCCCGUCCCCAGCAGUACCAACAGCAGCCCCAGCAGCAAGGAGUCCCCCAGCGCAGCAACCAACCCCAGCGCGUCACCGCUCCGUUCCCCCAGAAUGGACGCAGCAACAACCCCAACAACCAGAUCGUCGUCGGUGGCCAGGAGCCGCUCACCUCCCACGUUCUCGCCCAGGCUUCCCCACAGGAGCAAAAGCAAAUGUUGGGAGAGCGCAUCUACACCCUCAUCGAGAAGAUGUACACCGGAGGCCAGAACGAUGCCGGUAAGAUCACGGGCAUGAUGCUGGAGAUGGACAACUCUGAGCUGAUCAUGAUCCUCCAAGACAACGACCUCUUCCGCAACAAGGUCGAGGAAGCCGCCAACGUGCUGAAGCAGGCCGGCCCGAAA